CCCCAAAUUGAAAACCCCAAAUUGAAAAACCCCAACACUUUUUAUCAAAUCAUUGUGCUGUUGUUGAAGCAAUCUGAAAGUUAGCAUAAGCUUGUGUGGGAGAGUAAAAGGAUUUCAGAUUUUCAGUGCUCAUUGUAUGAUUGGAUUGUAGAGUGCCGUGAGGAACUGAGGAUACUAUGCUCUUGAAUUGUAGAUUUGUAGCCUUGUUGUUAACUUGUUAUUUUGGCUGGAGAAAGAUUGAGGAUUGCAGAGUGCUCAUUGGGUGCGUUUUUUUUUUGAGGAUACUGUGCUCAUUUGGUGCGUUUUUUUUUUUUGAGGAUACUGUGUUCAUUUGAAAAUUUUGACCCCCCUGACCCCGAGUCCUGGAUCCGCCACUGUCUGGUCGUCAUGUUCUCAUUUUGGGGCCGGGUAGGUCCCCGACCUUUAGCUUUUUGUGUGGUUCUCUCUAUGGGGAUCACAGAGAGUUGGUUGGACUAGGUGGUCUUGUCUAGGCCGUUUGAGCUGACUUACGGGAGUUGGGUUUGGGGCCCCCCCUAUGGGGCUCCGCGCCCCACCUCUUUUUUUUUAACCCAUAAAUGCCCUACGGAACUUAAACUUCCGUAUUCUAUAAAAUAGAAUACGGAAGUUAAAAUUCCGUAUUAUAACUCUGACAGUCAUCACCUUUUCCACCAUUACUCCUCCCUCCACCAACCCCUCCACCAUUACUCCUCCGUCACCAACCCCUCACCAGCCCCCUUAACCCCCUCAAUGCCUCCAGACCACCCUCUCUCUCACCCUCUCCUACCUCACUUUCAUCCUCACUUCCAUUCUUCCUACCACCACCACCAACUCCUUCAUUGGCAAGCUCUCCACCAUUGGAUGCAAAAAGAUAGCAUUUGAGGGAUGACAGAAUCAUUUUUAUUUCAUGAAUCCCAAUUGAUUGAAGUUGGAUUGAACAAUGCUCAACCUGAAGAGGUGCCACCACCAGCAUUUGUACCCCCGUGUAUAAGUAUAGAUGUCUCGCAUUUAUUUACAACUGAUCAGAUUUUCCCUACCCGUGAUGAUCUUAUCAAUUGGGUUCAUGGAAUUGCGAUUGAAAAUGGAUAUGUUGUGUUGAUCACAAAGUCAGAUAGCGGUGGGAAUGGAAGCAGAAAAGCUUAUGUCAUGUUGGGGUGCGAGAAGCAUGGUAAGUAUGUUCCCUACAGAGACCCUGACCUUGUUGAAGGAACGAGAACACAAAAGACAGAAUGUCCUUUUAGACUAAAAGGACGACCUAUGAAAAAUGGCAUAGAUAGAGAUUGGCGGCUAAAGGUGAUGGAAGGUACACACAACCAUGAACCAGCUAGGUCACUACUUGGCCACAAUUUUGUUGGUCGUCUAAAUUCCGAAGAGAAGGAGCAAGUGGAAAAAAUGUCAAAGAGUUGGGUUCCACCGAGAAAGAUGCUGUUGACUUUGAAGGAAAACAAUCCUUUAAACUUGACUACCAUAUCUCAGAUUUAUGGUGCUUGCAAGAGGUUAAGAAAAUCCCUCCGCGGGUCAUUGACAGAAAUGCAACACUUGUUGAAGAAGUUGGACGGUGACAAGUACGUCCACUUUGAAAGACAUGAGCCUGGAUCGGAAGUCAUUAGGGAUGUAUUUUGGGCUCAUCCAAAUGCUAUCAAACUGUUCAACACAUUUCCAUAUGUAGUGAUUAUGGAUUGCACAUACAAGACAAACAAAUAUAAAAUUCCAUUGCUUGAGAUUUUCCAUCCUUUUUCCACCCAUAUAUACACACAGUUCAGAAUGUUGAGGACGAUGGUAACUGUGGCUAUAGAGCCAUUGCUGCAUUACUGGGACUACCAUCAGGUGAGGAAGGUUGGCCAUGUGUUAGGGAAGCGUUGAUAGACGAACUUGAACGACACAGAGGAUUGUAUGAUGAAAUGUGGUCCAGACAUGUGGUUAAUGCCUUACAUUCUCGACUCACUCUUCCUCCUGGUCAUCCGGCUACCGAGGAUAAAUGGAUGCAACUGCCAGAGAUGGGAUACCUUGUAGCAACCAGGUUCCAAGUGGUUUUCAUAUCCAUCUCUUCUCAGGGUUGUUGGUCAUACCUUCCACUAAGAGGAGAAGGUCCACCUCCUGUACAUCGUGUUAUAGCUGUUGGUCAUGUGAUAAAUCACUUUGUACAGCUCCAUCUAACUCCUGGACAUUCUAUGCCGCCAAUUGCUCUCCAGUGGGAACGGUAUGUUGAUCCUAUAUCAGUAAGCUGGUGCGUCCCAUAUGUUACACGUUUACACAGGUUCACAUCAGAAUUAGAAGCUUGGUUUGUUACUUUUGGUGUUCCUCUUAGUCACCAAAGCUAUGUAGACAUCACCACAGACUGACGCCACACUUUGUGUAAUAUUCAUUUGUAAACGCUCUGUAAUAUUAAUCUGAUGGGCCUUGCCCUUAUGUUGUUCAUUGCUGCUUUUAAUAAUAGUAAUUUGAUGGUCAUUGGUAUA